CAUGCCAGCACGCAGCGAGGAUGAGGAUGGUGAUGGUGGUGAUCAUAAUGGGCAGGUGUUGCACUGACAGUCGAUCUUCAUCCACCUCAUGUGUCUGUUGGGACGGUUUUUGCCUCAACAGGGAUCUCCGAUGUGAGUCUCGGUCAGUCUCAGCGUGUGCAUGUGUGUUUACAGCCACCCCACACACACACUUCAGGAGCCUGUUUCACUGUCGGUCUUCAGGAAGCAGAUCAGGAGGAGCUGACAGAUCACCAUCUGUCUGCGUCUCUACCUCCCAAUCCAUCCAUUUGUCAGUUGCUUCCUUCGCCCAUCUCUCCAGCAUGUCGCUGAAGGUCCAGACCAGCAAUGUGACGAACAAGACAGAUCCAAAAUCCAUCAACUCCCGGGUGUUUAUCGGCAAUCUGAACACAGCAGUGGUGAAGAAGUCAGACGUGGAAAGCAUCUUCUCCAAGUAUGGCCGGGUGCUGGGCUGCUCCGUGCACAAGGGCUACGCCUUUGUCCAGUACGCCAGUGAGAGGCAUGCCAGGGGGGCUGUGAUCGGGGAGAACGGCAGGGUGCUGGCCGGACAGACGCUGGAUAUCAACAUGGCAGGAGAACCGAAGCCAAGAGCCAAAGGCCUGAAGCGAUCAGCAGCUUCUCUAUACAGUGGCUAUGAGUUUGACUAUGAUUACUACAGAGAAGACUUCUAUGAUAGGUUGUUUGAGUACCGUGGCAGGGUGUCUCCGGUCCCUCGGGUGGUGCCUGUCAAACGUCCACGGGUGGGGGUGCCUCUGGUACGACGGGUCAAAUCUCUGCCAGUCAAACUGCUGGCGCGUAACGCCUCUGUCCUCCCCACCAGCAACAGCAACAAACAGAGAUCAGUGAAAGGGACAGAGCUUCAGGCGAUCAAGUCAGAGUUGACUCAGAUUAAAGCCAACAUCGAAGCUUUGCUGGGCAGACUGGAGCAGAUCACAGAAGACACACACAUCACCGCCACAGAGCUGAGGAAGGCAGAGGAGUGUAAGAGUGAGGAGGCGUGGCAGGAAGGGGAGGAGUCGAGCUCAGAGCUGGAGGACAAGGAGGAGCACAGACAGAACAGCGAAGCUGAAGAGGAGGAGGAGGAGGAAGACGAGGAAGAGGAGGGGGGAGAGCACACACAGCACGACACCCACGACCAUAUGCCGGAGAACAGUCGCCUAUCACCAGAGAUGGACUCUAUUCACCCAUGAGAGGUAGUGUGGACUGUGGACGAAGAGACAAACAGAGAGAGGGAGAGACAGAGAGAGUGGCAUGGACUGACAGAGAACUGGAUAACAACACAGGAAGGCCAUCAAACAGCAGGGAGCUGGACACACACACACACACACACACACACACACACACACACACACACAACCAUAAUAACACACAGCAGAGAGUCAAACUUGACACUUUGUCAAAGCCACAGGAAGAUACUAAAACAGCAGGAUACUGCCAGAACACAUCAUAAACUGAUGAGUUACACACCGUAACAAACACACACAGAUGAAAAAACACAGUGAUGGAGACAGACUCGAUGCUGUGUCAGAGCCACAGGAAGAUAGUAAAACAGCAGGCUGCUGUCAAAACACAUCUUAAACCAACAAGUUUUACACACACACACACACACACACACACACACAGAGAAGAGCUCUACAGUUGACGGCAGCCACGUUUGGGAAAGCCGGAGCUCAUCAGAACAUCAUCUGCUGCUUUACAGGACUCUAAACAACACGACUGAACGGGCUACAUACUGAGGCAGAGCUGGUUGUUGAUUGGAAACCUUGUUAGUGCAAAUUGUUUUGAAAUUAAAAUUAAAAACAAAUCCCAAAAUCAAAUUCCUGGACAUAAUAUUUUCAAUUAUUUCAAUGUUGAUUGAAGAAAUUUCCUGGAAAGAACUAUAUGUAAUUUGGUAGUAAUUACAGGGGAACUAGAAACAUUGUUCAACUGAUACACUUCCAAUUAUCUGAAAAAAUGUGAACUUUGUCUACAUGCAAUUCAACACACUAUGUAUGGAUAGCUAGAUAUUUACUUGGGUUUAAAUUCAGCUGUUCUUUAAAGAAAAUUCCUUUUUCAGUAGCACAUUAUGAAAAUGUGGUAAAGGCCUUGAAAAUACCAGUUAUUGGACAAAAUACUUUAAACCUCCACAUAUUUGGCUCUCCUGCUCCAACUACUGUGAAAUGUAACAUGGUGUAGAUCACCUUACAGAACAGUGGUGACAAUCAACAGGUCAUUGAGACAGAAGCUAUCUUUACACCCAAUUGUGCAUAGGUAUGAUGAUGAUUCCAGGUAAACACAAAGAAAUGAAAAGGAGAGGUCUUCUCUUUGCAGACUUCCCUGUUGAUGACAAACCUGAACCGUCUGUGUGAAUUGGCUCUGACUGCUAUUGGCAGGUGGUAUCAGGCUGUACAGAAAGACUAAUAGUAAAUUGAAGGUUCCUAAGAAAUUAUUACGAAAUGAUUCAGAAAUUAAGGACAUGAAAACUAAAGUGUUACCUUUCAAUGCAAUGAACUAUCUUCCACUACAUCCCUAAACAUUUCUUCACGUGUGUAAAUCAUAAACCUUAUGAACACAUUUUAUUCAUUUUUAAGUACAAUCUACCACCACAAACCUAUUCCACUGAAAGCUGAUACCUCUAUGAAAAAAUGAAUUAUGGCCCAACUCUAAUGCAGGGUAUUAAACAGGAUAAUGUGGUAAGUCGUCCAAAGAGAACGUCUUUCAAAAUGAGUUGGAAAUGUUAAUAAAACGUGUUUUUGUCACAUUGUUCAGAUGAUGUAAACUCUGGUUAUUAAUCACAUUGUAACAUCAUCAGAUAUAAAUGACUGUACACCCCUUAUCAAGAAAUAAUCACAUAUUUAAACUUGGAUGUGAUGCUGUCACUUUAAUCCUAUAAUGGAUUGUUUCUCAAUCUUGGGGUCAGAUGGGGUUGCUUACUAUGCAGAAGGGGUCGUGUUAGAUUUUUAAACUUGUGAUAUUAGUUUGACAUGACAAACUAUUAUCAUAAGUUUUGGAACUCAACAUCGAGUCAAGGGUUAAGAAAAGCUGAGAAACAAUGAAUUAAUAUAAACAGGUUUUAAUUACAAACGCAUGUUCACAUGUUCAUUAUCUUAAAGUUUUAUUAUCAGUUGUUGUUACAAGGUUGAUUUGUUUUUCAAAUGAGUUAUGAACAAAUAACAUAUGGGGUUUUAUUGCACAUAAAUCUACCAAACCUUAAAAGGGUUCAAAUCAACAAUAAAAAUGAUCAAACUUGGAAUAUGAGGCUUUUAUACAAAUAUAACAAAACCCCUAAUGUUUUACGUGAUGACUUCUGUAGCGUUAUACCUACUUAAAUUUAAAUAUUUGCACUCAUGUGAAUUAUCUGGGGCACCACUUCCAACUGGAAGAAAAAAAAAAGAAACCUUAUACCUUAAUUAUGAAUUCUCAAUACAUUGAUCCUCAUCUCUAUUUUGAGGAAAGAUUCAGACAAAAACUUGGUGAUAAGUGAAACAUUUAUUUAUAGCUAAAUAUCUAUAACAAGUGAAUCAAGUAAAUAAAUGAGGUAUUAAUAAUGGUUAUAUGGCAUACAAUCACAAUUAAAUAAAUGCAGUAAACGGGUCGUUUAAAUCGCAAUUUAGGUUAUUAUUCAGUUUGGUGAUAGUGAAAAGGAGUAUGUGAUUUCUGAUAUCAGAGGGAGCAAAUGAUUGCUAGAUUAUCAAUUCAGCUUCCUAUCCAACAUCAAACUCUUAUCACAGUAGCAGAUGGAAAUUUUGCCUACUUUUACAGUGUAGUUUCAGGCGAACAUCUUUCAGGAGGGACCCCAAAUUGUCGUUCUGGUUCCAGUUUACUUCAUGGCCUCCCAGCGAGGUGAUACCCACUGGAACACUGUGGUAGUGGAGCAGGUCAGGUCAGACAGUAGUGUUUCUCUGGUUGUCCUUGGCUGCCCACUGUUGUGGGAUGCAAAAGUCUUUGAUGCAACUUAGGCUGCCUUAAUAAUUAAGGCAGUCAGCAGGCAGGUGCCAUGCACAAUGAAUCUUGAUCCGUAGACUGGUUGCUGUCGUCAGAUAGAAGCUCUACUAAACUUCCUUUCUAUACUUGUUACUCGUUCUAUACUCGCUAUUAUCAAAGCAAGAUUGACUGGAAUACAAAAAGCUUAACGAAAAAAAAUUAGGUGUGCUUUCACUAAGAUUAAAAUACACACAACUGAGACGAGAAAGGUAAACUUAGGAAAAGAAAAUCUCUGGAGAAAAGGUAAACUAAGAGGAGCAGUGGUUAGGAUCUCCUUAGGGAUGGAGAGCAAAAAAUGAAGAGCGAUGGACAAAGGAGAUCUAGCCUAAUGGUUUUAUCCACUGUUAGGUAUAGCCGUGAACUGGAGGCAGAGAAGCGGACUUUUCGCGCCAACUUGCUAUGUGCCUCUCCUUUUCUUUGUUCUGAUGAGAAAACGUGGUUUCCUUUACUUUUAUGGAUUUAUUUAAUUUCAUAUUUUUUGCAAAAUCAUCACAUACUUCCUCAUCACUGUAGUCAAUCCAGCAUGAUUCUAACAUCGAAUAAUAUGUAAUGAUGUUGUGCAUAAAACAUUUACAAAGGCAUAUGGUUUAAGCAGAAAUCAUAUUCCAGAAUAUCAUUCAUUCAGUUAUAUCUUUCCUAACUACGUUAACCAUGUAAGGGACAAUGUACAGCGAGCCGGUCAUUAUUGCAAGAUUAACCCCAACAGGGUGAUGCAGGACAGUCUAGAAUCACCCUGUACAUUAUCCCAGUUAUUACACGGAUACUUACUAAAGAAAUCAAUAAUUUGACACCAAAUAUUGAUUUAAUUGAUUUAAAAAUUAUUUUAAAACGUUUUUGUUUUUUUGCCACAGGACUUCUUUCUGCGGAUUGUUAUGAUUGGACUCAAGAGUCUAUGUUCAUAUCUGCACUGAACCAUAGGAACAGUCUGUUAUUCAUAGCAGCGGUCUGCUCUUCAGCAAUAACAGACUGUAGAAUGGCGUAACUGACCAAUCAGAAUCGAGUAUUCAAGCCAUGUAAUAAUAGUAACAUAAUAACAUAAUUUAUAAUACUGAUAAUAGGUGAGCAGAUGGCUAAACAACAGUUUAAUUACACACUAUAAUAAGUCACAUUCUUAUACAAAUCAUUUUGCAUUCUUAAUAUUACAGAGACUAAUCAAUGGUCACUAGAUAGAAGUAUGGUCACAUGGGAAGCAAGGUAUUAAAUUGAUGAAUGAAUAAUUCAGUUGUUCUACAUCGUAUAUCGCAGUUGGGCUAUUCUACAAGAAAAUGUGCUAAGUAACGUUAGCUAGAUUACUGACCGAAUUGACAUUUGAGUUUACAUUAAUUCACAUUUGGUUUAGCAAAAGAAGAAGUAAUUUCCUCAGGAAUGCAUCCGAAGAUUUAUGUCACAUCUGCUGAGAUCUUUAUCUUCCUGACUGAAGUGAGAGAAAGGGGCUGAACUGAUCUUUGUGUGUGUGAGUGUGAAAGUGUAAAAGUCAUGUACACAGAGGACACAACUGGUUCUUUAGUUUUAAUUUGAUUGUCUUUAUGGUAAGACUCCAGUCUUUGUUCUUUGGGGAAGGUAAUUCAUUGAUUGUUUGGUAGGUUUUGUUUUUCCUUGUCGUUGUAGCCAGUUGUAUUAGAAGAAAGAGUCUUGACUAUUCCCACCUCCACUAUCAAUCUCAUUAUCAUGACAAGACCCUUAACUCCGAAGGGAGACAGAGAGUCUCGGUACCAGGUCUGGAAGGUGUUGUAGUGACACUUUUACUUGUUGAUGAGUGCUAAGUCAACUUAUAAAUCCAGCGAAAGUCAAGGAAGGAUGUUUAUUCAAAUCCCAGAGAAAUUUUGCAAGACCAUAAACGGUCUCUCCUUUUUGGCCUUCUCAAACACGGACCUCCAGUCCUUGUGUCUGGAUGAUGAAAUUUGAAGAUAGAGGGACUGAUCAGUACACUUUACUAUGCUGAGCCCCAUCUAGUGACCUCUGAACCUGUCUGAAAAAACUCAUGCAAAUAUGUCUUUGGUUUACAAAUAAGAAUAAGAAUCAAUUGCUGCCAAAAUAACCUCACGUCAAAAAUAAUGUCUGUCAAAGUGUUAUUUUCUUAGUAGUUAUAACUUUAAUUAUUACUAUUAUUAUUAUUAUUAUUGCUCUUAUAGAUAUGAAAGGUUUUUAAAUAAAAUUUGGAAGUGGCUGCAUUCGUAUUCACAGUAAUGAUCAUACUAGUGGUUUUGCAUGUUUGAGUCCAUUAACUACAAACCACUACACACAUUACUACUAAUUAUUUACUACUACUAAUUCUUUUUUUUCUGAAACACUCCAGAUAUUUCCGUCAUUCAAAGUGCCACUGGUUUUAGUUCAUUUCAGUAAACUAUGAAAGUCGCUUUUAAAAAGACUAGCAAAUGGCUUAAGAAUAAUUAAUUUGGGGGGGGUUAAUGUCACAUUAAGGUUGAGCUAGAACUGACGUUCAUUGUCAACCAGGUAGAGCCAUUGUUGAUCCGACUUAAGGUCCACUUUCUAGCUUAUACUGUAGCUUUUCUUGAUGAAGAUUGGGAGAUGUGGUUCAAGCUCUAGAAAAAAAUAGUACAUACAUUGCAGUUGUGCGAUUUCCUCUCCUUGUUGACACAUGAGAAUUGCAGGUAAUCUGCUAAAGUGCAUUACACUGAUGAGCGUUGGUAUUCUUUUUUUGUGUAAUAAAGUUUGCUGUUCAGCAGUUAACAGUCCCUGCCUAAAGCCCCUGAAAAUAUAGUUUCAAAUCUAUCUAGUAUUUUUAUAUAACAUUAAAUACUCAUUACUAAAUGUGCAACAAUCAAAGUUAAAGUCUAGAAAGACUUUGUCAGGUAUUAUUUACUAUGAGUAUUUACUACAGUAAACAAAAACUCAGCAAAUCUGCUUCAUCAGGAUUGUGGGGGUGUGCUGUGAUCAGAUGUAAUUGACCGUUGCCUGGCAACACGAGCAAGCAACCCCACAACUGUCAUCAUAUGUUGAUUAAAAUAUUUCUAAAUCCAGAUUGGUGCACAGAAAUGCAUUAUAUAAACAAAACAUACAGAAAAUCUCUCAUGUGAAAAAACAAAAACUGUUGACUGGGACUUUGCCUUCAUGCUGGAGCCUAUCGCUCACAGUAAGAAGCUGGUUAAGAAAAUAUGUUUUCAGAGCCUUUAAGUGAAUAAUCCAGAACCAUGUUCAAUCCAUGUCAAAUACAUAACUUUAUGUAUUGGUUGAAACUGCAUUAUUAUGAAAGCAUAUUACUAUUAGUAAACAGUAAAGGCUAUAUUGGAAGUUUUAAAGUCCUCAGUAUAUUGCCACUGUAUUGUAAUUUCAGUAAAAAAAAGGUCAAAAUAGAGGAAUAGAUGGAAGGAGCUUGGCUGCUGUUGAUAAUGUGAAUUUGUCCCUGAAAAGACCCUUCCCUCUUACUGCAUUUCCUUGUUCCCUUCUGAACGUAUCUUCCUUCCUUCUGUCUUAACGCCCUCUUCCCAGUUCAUUCUUCCCUCCUUCAUUUUCCCUUCUUAAUCCAACAUCUUCCCUUUCCUUUUCAUCUCCUCAUCCUUUUUACCUUUUUUAUUUUCUUUACUUCCUGUCUGUCCUCUUCACCUCUCUUCCUUACCUCUUGUCACCCUUCUUUCCCUUUCUCUUCUCUCCUUCUAUUUAUCUCUGAUUCCUUUGUCCAUUUUUCCUAUUCCUUUCAUAGCUUCUUCCUUGUUCCUUUCAUCUUUAACUUUUCUUUCCUUUCCCGUCUUCCUUCAUUCACUCUUUUCUUUUAUUCCUCAACUCCCAUCUUGUUUUUCCUCUUCACGAAACUGUCCUCUCCUGUUAGAAAUGAAGAGAAAGUAUCUUCUCUUGAUGGAUGAUGUGCUCACUUCUAGCUAAGUCAAACUGACUUACAGCAAUUUUAACAAAAGGAAGAAAGUAAACAAGCAGAUUUCCCAAAUAAUUAUUCCUCCAAACUUAAGUUAGUAGGAGCCAGCGAGUAGCUGCAUGGCCGAUUUGGGAGACAAAACAAGUUACAACUGGUCUGGUGAUAAAAUCUGUGAUAAUUACCUGCUGCUUUGUUCUGCCACUUCUUGGUUCAGUUUAGGAUUGACUCACCAUAUUGACAGUUUGUGAAAGUGAAAGUCUGUUUAAUUUGUUAUGAAGUUCAUCAUUACAUAGGCUAUACUGUACUAUAUACUUGUUAUAAUCCCAUGAAUGAUCAUCAUUAGAGCAGGUUUACAAAAUUUUUUAGACAUCGUUUAUGUAAAGGUGAGCUACAUCCUACAAUAAAAAGUGGAAAACUAUAGUGUGUUCAAUAGAUCGACCCAGAUACAGCAAAAGAUUAGAUUUGGUUCAUAAUGUUUAUCUUUGACUUUACUUCCAAAUAAGAAGCUCAGGUAGGUUAGAGGAAUCUGCCCUUUUCAAACCAGCCUGAGCUCUUGUUUACUCUUCUUUACUUGUUUGCUCUUCAGAUGAAAAUGUAGGCUUCCUCUCUCCUCUCUCCUCUCGUCUUACUUCUCUUCCUCCAAUCAUCCUCUUUCUCCUCCCUUCUCCCUCUUCUUCACCUUUUCCCUAUUUUACUCCCUCUUGUUGCUGUUGGAUUUUUACAUGCUGAUGUUAAAUAGUCUUUGCUGUCAUUUUUAAUGACUUGUGCAUAGUGUGCGAUGAAGGUGAUGAUGCUGACUCCUCUGUCUGCACUGAGAGGGUGGCCUUUACAACACAUGUAAAUAAUCCAAAUAAAAGGUUGGAAUAUG